AUGGGAACCAGCUCCGUGGGUGUUAACCAUGGCUCCCAAGGCCAAAGCAGAGAGUCCUCAGACCUCCCGGACCAGAGAGAGUCCUCAGACCUCCCGGACCAGAGAGAGUCCUCAGACCUCCCGGACCAGAGAGAGUCCUCAGACCUCCCGGACCAGAGAGAGUCCUCAGACCUCCCGGACCAGAGAGAGUCCUCAGACCUCCCGGACCAGAGAGAGUCCUCAGACCUCCCGGACCAGAGAGAGUCCUCAGACCUCCCAGACCAGAGAGGGCCCUCUGACCUCCCAGACCAGAGAGGGCCCUUUAACCUCCCGGACCAGAGAGGGCCCUUUGACCUCCCGGACCAGAGAGGGCCCUCUGACCUCCCGGACCAGAGAGGGCCCUUUGACCUCCCGGACCAGAGAGGGUGCUCAGACCUCCCGGACCAGAGAGGGCCCUUUGACCUCCCGGACCAGAGAGGGCCCUCUGACCUCCCGGACCAGAGAGGGCCCUUUGACCUCCCGGACCAGAGAGGGUGCUCAGACCUCCCGGACCAGAGAGGGCCCUUUGACCUCCCGGACCAGAGCAGCAUGCAGCCGCAGAAGAAGCCACGGCUGCCAGAGGGGCUGAUCCAGGCCGCCCUCCUGCUGAGCUUGUGUGGGUUGAAGCUGGAUGUGGGUCUGGAGCCGGGGCCCGAGAGCCUCCUCCAGGGGCCCACACACACACACUUACACAACCUUCGCAACGCACUAGAGAGGGACCCUGCGGCCAAACACCCCGACCUGGACAGCUUCUUCACCUCCAGACGCCUGCUGGGAUGGGUGCGCUCACUGGAUCGCCUGCAGGACGGCACUUAUGAGGAUGUUAGGAGGAACAAAGUUACGCAGAGGCAGCUUCCAGUGCAGAUCCGGUGA